UUGAUGAUUUAUCAACACAAAAUGGUUUGGUAAAUGGCUUGCUAGAAAGUAUUAACCGAGCCAUGUCUCGAGUAAGUGAUAGAAGAUCAUCUUUGCUUGUUACUUCUUCAUCAGACACUUUUGUUGAUUAUCAAACAAGAAUGGUACAUGAAGCUAAAGAAAUUGCCAGAAUUGCUAAUGAGAUGAGUUCAAAAGCUGUUGGUGAGCCUGCUGCUUUGCCUACUUUAUCUGCAAAUCUUACCCACCACUACACGCAGUUGGCAGAUGAUUCAUUUGGAGCAGUAUUAAACACAAAUCUUUCAGAUGUUGGAAUGAAAAUCAGAAGCACAGUUCAAGAACUUGGACGAUCAUGUUCUCAAUUAGUUGAAUCUAGUGGGGCAUACCAAAUGCAACAAGGCGAUAGUGCUUCUUCUACAAUUUCAAUGCACAGCAGAUCUGUUAACGAUAAAGUAGCUAAAGUUUUAGCAGCAUUACAAUCAUGUUCAAAGGGAACACAGGCUUGCAUAAAUGCUGCUAGUACUGUUUCUGGUAUCAUUGGAGAUAUUGACACUACAAUUAUGUUUGCAACAGCAGGCACUUUGCACUCUGAGAGGGAUAAUGCAUCUUUCUCUGAGCACAGGGAGCAUAUUCUGAAAACAGCCAAAGCUUUAGUAGAAGACACAAAAACACUUGUUGCCGGUGCUGCAGGUUCUCAAGAUCAAUUGGCAGCAGCAGCCCAAAAUGCUGUUUCAACAAUUGUCCAAUUGACUGGAGUUGUGAAAUUAGGAGCAGAAAGUUUGGGUUCAAAUAAUCCUGAUUCACAAGUGAUGCUAAUGAAUGCUGUUAAAGAUGUUGCUUCUGCUCUCGGUGAACUUAUUCAGGCCACCAAAGCAGCAUCUGGAAAACCUAUUGAUGACCCUUCAAUGGGACAAUUGAAAGGCAGUGCUAGGGUAAUGGUAACAAAUGUAACAUCAUUGUUAAAAACCGUUAAAGCUGUUGAGGAUAAACACACAAGAGGCACACGUGCUUUGGAAUCUACAAUUGAAGCUAUCAGUCAAGAAAUUAAUAGUUUACAAAUAGAUGGUGCAAAAGGUAAAGGUACACCAGAGGAACUAGUUAGAGCUACUAAAUUAGUUACCCAAGCUACAUCUAAAGCAAUUGCUGCUGGAAACUCUGGAUCUCAAGAAGAUAUUAUAAUUGCUGCUAAUCAAGGGCGUAGAGCAAUUUCUGAUUUACUUGUUGUGUGCAAGAAUACUGCAUACUCCUGCACGGAAACAAUCGAAUUGCGCGAACAAACUUUGGAAGCUGGUAAUAAGGUUGCAACCCACUAUCAAAGACUGCUUCAAGCAGUUUUGGCAGGAGCUGAAGGAAAAGAAAAUUUGCCACAUUUAUCAAGACAAGUAGCUCAAAGUGUUUCUGAACUGGUUUCUCUGGCCGAAACCCUUAAAGGGCGUGAUUGGGUAGAUCCUGAGGAUCCAACAGUUAUUGCGGAAAAUGAGCUUCUAACAGCUGCAUCAUCUAUAGAAGCUGCUGCACGAAAACUUGCCAGUUUGCGACCAAGAAGAUCUGUAAAGGAAACCGAUGAAAAUUUGAACUUUGAUGAAAUGAUUUUGGAAGCAGCAAAAUCCAUUACUGCAGCUACUUCAGCUUUGGUUAAAGCCGCAAGUGAUUCACAACGAGAACUUAUUGAUCAGGGCAAAGUUGCCAGGCGUCUACAUAAAACUUCAGACGAUGGCCAAUGGUCAGAAGGUUUGGUUUCUGCUGCGAGACUUGUGGUGGCAGCAACACAAAAAUUAGUAGAUUCAGCACAAGCUCUUGUGCAAGGACAUGGUUCUGAAGAAAUGCUUAUUUCAUCUGCAAAACAAGUUGCUAGUUCCACUGCCCAACUUUUAGUUGCUAGUCAGGUCAAAGCCGAUCCUGAUUCACCCAGUUUUACAAGACUACAAGCAGCUGGAAAUGCAGUCAUUAGAAGCACGGAUAAUCUUGUGAAAUCAGCUCAACAAGCUAUUUCUGGAGAAGAUGAGCAUUCACUUGUUCUUAACACAAGAAUGGUUGGUGGCAUUACACAGGAAAUAAAUGCCAGAUCUGAAGUAUUCCGAAUUGAAAAGCAAUUGGAAGAGGCUAGAAAUAGGUUAGCAGCCAUUCACCAAGCCAAGUAUCGUCUGCGUAAAACAGAUGAAGGCGAUCAAGAAUAUUACAGUGACCAAAAUGAUACCAUGAAUCAAAGUAGCCAUAUUGUGCAUUUAAAUAAUAAUAACCAAAGUAAUAAAGGAUUGAACUCCUCGUAUUUGGAUAAAUCUCAAACCCACACAAAUAGUAGAACUUUCAAUACAUACAACAAUGUAAGUCCUGUGAGCUUUAUUAAUAAAAAUUUAUCUACAUCGGACAGUAGCUAUGAUGCAGUUAAAAAUGGCUCAGCACAUAAUACAGGGAGCAACGGUCAAAAUUAUAAGGGAUUUACAACUUUGUAUGAAACACACAGAUAUAACACUGAUUCAAGUCCUGUUAUUAUGCACUCCGGAGCAAAUUCUCAAAAUUUAGUACAAACCCAAAUGAACUCAUUGUCCAGACAGAUCACUGAGAAGAAAACUAUAAAAACUUCUGCAGAGAGUCGAACGCACAGUCAUACUUAUAAACUCGAGUAAAGAAUAUAAUUACAAAAUAUAUAUUGUUUCAUAAAUAAGCAUGUACAGUCACAAAUUAUAUAUAUACAUACUAUUUUACAAGCUAUUUUAUAGUUUUCUAAUAAUAAAUUUAGUCAAGCUUAUAUAAUGUGCCUUCUAAUGGUGACUUGUACAGAUUUGUUAAUAAUAUAAAAUAUUUAGUGCCUACUUAUGUUAAUAUACAC